AGCCCCCAUCGCAGGCACCAGACUCCCUGUCUGUGGGUUGGGGGGAUUCGCCAGAGGAUGGAUUCAGGAUGCACCUCGUGACGUGGAACGUGGGGACCGCCGUUCCGCCUGACGACGUCACCUCCCUUCUGGGACUGAACGCUGUCGACCGUCGGAUUGACAUGUUUGUCAUUGGUCUGCAGGAGGUGAACUCGAUGAUAAACAAAAGACUCAAAGAUGCCAUUUUCACAGACCAGUGGAGCGAGCUCUUUAUGGACACGCUUAAUCCCUUUGGCUACGUGUUGGUGACCUCGGAGCGGAUGCAAGGGCAGCUGCUACUGCUCUUUGCCAAGUAUUACCACCUGCCGUAUCUGCAGGACAUCCAGACCGACUGCACCAGGACUGGGCUCGGUGGAUACUGGGGUAACAAGGGGGGAAUCAGUGCACGGCUGUCGCUCUAUGGCCACAUGAUCUGUUUCCUGAACUGCCAUCUCCCGGCUCACCUGGAGAACUCGGAGCAGCGGAUGGAGAGUUUCCAGAACAUUCUGCAGCUCCAGCAAUUCAGCGGCCGUUCCGCCAACGGCGUGCUCGACCACGAUUUGCUGUUCUGGUUCGGGGAUCUGAAUUUCCGCAUCGAGCAGUACGACAUCCAGUCCGUGAAAAACGCCAUUGACAGGAACAAGCUGGGGCUGUUGUGGGACAAGGACCAGUUAAACAUAGCGAAGGUGAUGCAGCCGGCAUUGGAUGGGUUCCAGGAGGGUCUCCUGAACUUCAGGCCCACGUAUAAGUACGAUGUGGGGACCAACACAUAUGAUACGAGCUCGAAGAAACGCAAACCUGCCUGGACCGACCGUAUCCUGUGGAGAGUGAAAGUUGCCGACAACUACAAUCAGUCAGUGGGCAGGAGGCCGGGGGAGGCUGAGGUGCCCUCAGUGCAGGUGUUUCAGUGCUCGUACCGCAGUCACAUGGAGUAUCUCGUCAGCGACCACAAACCCGUGGCUGCUGUCUUCUCCCUGAAGUUUGCCCACAAGCUGGAGUUGCCACUGGUCCAGCUGCAGGUGGAGGAUGAAUGGACUAAGCCGGCGGACGCUGUGGUGAGGUACAGGAUGGACAUCUCCUUCCCGAAGAGCUCGUGGGACUGGAUCGGGCUGUACAAGGUGGGCUUCAAGCAUCACAAGGACUAUGUGGCGUAUGUGUGGGCCAAGCAUGAUGAGUCUGACCCCAUGAGGCAGUGUUAUCAGGCGCUGUUCAGUGAGGAAGUGCUGCCGAGAGGGAUGGGAGAAUUCAUCCUGUGUUACUACAGCAACAACCACAACACCAUUGUGGGGGUGACUGAGCCAUUCCAGAUUUCGCUGCCGUCCUCGAGCUCCCACUCCAGCCUGUCUGACAGCUCUGACUCCAGCUCGGACGAGGAGCAGACCAGCACGCUCAGCCUCAUCCGGCCCAACUCCCGCAGCCCCAGCCCGGGCAAGAGGAAGCAGCGAGGGAGCAGGAGCCGCAGUAAGAGCCCGGUGGCGUCUAUCAGCAAGUCCCUGCAGGGGCUCAAACUGGGCGGCAAGAGCAAGAGUAAAAGCCGGAGUCCGUCACCCAGGAGGUACGAGCAGCUCAAAGAGCCGGGAGCCAACGUGGCCAGGGCUGGGAGAGGAAGCCCAGAGACCUCAAGCAACACCGGGAACAGACUCUCUCCUGUCGUCGCUUCAGAAGCCUCAGCGGCUCAUGGGAAAGGCCCGGCGAAGCCUAGUGGGCAGGCUACAGACCAGGAUGGCAAGGGACAGAGUGGCAUCUCUUCCCGAUGCUCCAAAUCACCAGCUGGAGACAGGUCCACCAGGCAAGCUCCCUCCCAGCCGGGCACUGGGAAGAGGAGCUCGGCAGCCCCCAACCCCAGUGUCCAGGUCACCGCCGCAGACUCCGGUCUACAGGCUCCGGGCAAAGCCGCGGUGUCGCCUAACAGGGGCCGCAGCCCCGAGGGCGGUCACCGGCUCAGAGCAGAGCCUCACACUGCAGCCAACUAGCUCCCAGGCAGCCUGGCCUCACACGGGCUGUGGGCAGGCAAUCAUUCUCAUCCAGGGAAAAAUUCCAGUCAAGAGGUUGUGAUUUAUUUAUUGUAGGGAUCAAAGCCCACGUGAUACAGCACUCAAAAACUGUCUUCACACUAAAGGCGCAGCUGGUUUCUGGGACAUGAGCCGUAGACAGUGUAGAUAUCAGGGUUACCUGAACCACGUGUAAUGCAUCAUCCUGUUAGAGCUCACAGCGCACUCUGUCUCGCCCUCCCUCCCGCGCUCUCCCUCUGCCGCUCUCUUUCCCUGUCCCUCCAUCCCUUUGCAUCUCUCUUUCACUGUUGCUAUCUUUCUUUUUUCCCAUCUGCUUCUCUCUCUCUCUCUCUCUAUUUCCAUCUCUUUGUCUCUC